AUGCUCUUACGGCCAGCAACGCCGCUCACGGUUCUCCUCCUCACGGCGUUUGUUCUUUUACUGCUUUCUGUUUUGUCAACACCAGUGGUCAAAUCGAUCCCUAUCGCGACUGUUGAUGAUAUUAAGUUUGGUAUUUUUGGGUAUUGUGUGGGCAGCAAUUGCUCGCCUAUCCGUGUCGGGUAUACUUCGAAUGGGCUGUUCAACGAUGCGUCUCGGGAUGAGGAUUUUAGCCUCCCGUCAAGCGUUCGCCAUUCGCUGUCCUCCCUUCUAAUCGUCCAUCCGGUUGCUGCAUUCCUCACUCUUACCUGCUUUGGCUUGGCAGCGGCGGCCCAUUUCCAUUCUCCAUCUCAUUCACCUAGAUAUCUGCUUGGGCUUCUCAUUCUACUCCUGCCGACCCUCCUCGUAUCACUCCUUGCAUUCCUUGUCGAUAUCCUUCUUUUCGUGCCUCAUCUAGAAUGGGGUGGGUGGGUUGUACUUGCAGCAACCAUUCUGAUUACCGCGAGCGGGGUUCUUACUUGCGCUAUGCGACGAACUCUUGUAAGCCGAAAAGCUAGGAAAAAGCGAAUUGCAGAAAAUGCAGAAAUGAGUGGAGAGAAUUUCUAUAGCCGCCAAAAUGCUAUAAAGUUGGAUCCUCCGCCAAUCAUAACGGAGCAAACCGAAGCUUCUCUGCCCAACAUGACAUCGCCAGACUCUCUGCCAGCGUUUGCACGCUUCGAAAGCAAUUCAAGAUCCAUUGAUGAUGACAAACUGCUUCUCAAUGAUGGCACUCCAAGUAGCACUAGCCCCGAUGGCGGAAACACCAUCCGUCUCCCUGGUGACAGACGCAGCCCCGGGCCAUAUGAAAGCAGACCGUAUAAUUCUCCAGUAGAUGAGUACGGCAAUCCUCUUCCACCGGGAACUACCGGCUUUGGACCACCUCAGAUGCGAGGAACGCAUUCAGAUCCCAGAUUACGGAAUCAAUAUUCGAAUAGCAGUAUGGGAUCCCAGCGCGGCCGUGGAUAUGGCUAUGGCCCACCUCGCGGGAGGGGUGGUUAUCCAAUGAGAGGUCGAGGCGGUCCAUACUAUGGCCCAAGAGGGCCACCGCCGCAUGGCUACGGGAUGCGCGGCAGAGGAGGUCCGAUGGGCCCGGGAAUGAUGGGUAGAGGUCGAGGACCGCCUCCAGGCUACCCGCCGGAAGUAUUGGAUGAAUACCGCGCGUACGGGGCGGCUUCUCCUCUUCCAGGUGGAUAUGGAGACCCAGGUAGUCGCUCUGACUAUGGUUAUGACGGCGCGCGAGGCCCAUCUCCAGUGGGCCCAGGAUAUAUUCCUGCUGAGAUGCAACCUGGGUUGGGCGCAGGUCCGGUAGCUAAUCAUGGACAAGAUCCCCACAAUCCAAUGGAUAAUUCUGUCGCUAGGGAUUACACUGGUCUUCACCCGGAACAAAUCAAUCAACCUAAUCCAAGCCCUCCAAGCGUACACAACGAGCAAGCAGAAUAUAUUCCACCCCGGGCGGCAUGGGAACAAGCUUUACGAGAACCUUCCCUUCCAGUGAUCGAACGCCAAUCUCCGAGCCCACACGGCCAAGCACCAAUCCCGCAUUCCACCUCUCGCGGUGAUUAUUAUGAAGAUGUUGAACCCCGUUUCGCCGAACCCAAUGAUUUGCCCCCUGCACUCACGCCUGGCGCUCUUGGUGAGCUACAUCCAAGUUCAUCUCUUGAAGAUAUCCCCGAGGGCGCGCACUCACCAGCAGCCAGUGAAACCAGCCACUUCACCUCCAUAUCCCAACGCGGCGUAAACCCGAAGUGGCGGUCUCCGGAAGCUGAAGUGAGACACGACAAGCAAAGGCGACAAGAUUUGCUGCUGGGCAGCAAUCCCGAUUUCGAACUCCCCGUUGGGAGAGGCCGGGGUGGGGGUUCUGGUAGGAAGAGAAAGCCAACGGCGCCUGUUAUGCCGUCCAUUCCAGCUACCCCGCCACUGCUAAACAGCGGCCGGAAUGAUGGCGGUGGCAGAUAUCCUACCCCUACGCCACCUCCGUGA